AUGAGUUUAAGGGACGUCGAGUUACAAGAUGUGAACGUAUACGGCACAAUCAAGGUCAGCGGUGUUGAUCUGACCCGCACAGAGCACUUUAAAUAUCUUGGCUCGUCGAUCUCGGCUGAUGGUAGCCUGAAGCAUGAAGCCAACGCGCGGGUCAAUGCUGCUUGGCUGAAGUGGCGCUCCAUUACCGGGGUGCUCUGUGACCACUGCACGAAGGAUCGCCUAAAGUCAAAGAUCUACCGCGCAGUCAUCCGCCCAGUCGCUCUCUACGGCUCAGAGUGCUGGCCCACCACUAAGGAGAUCGAGUGCCGCCUUGCCGUCAUGGAGACAAAGAUGCUGCGCUGGAUUAGCGGCAACACGCGCUUCGACCACAUCCGAAACGACGACAUUCGCCGGCGUUACGGCGUCGUUCACAUCACAGAGAAGAUGCGUGAAGCACGCCUCCGAUGGUACGGCCACGUACUUCGUUCAGAUGCCGUUUCACUUGCACACAUCGGCUUCAGCCUUGAAGUGCCCGGAAAGCGCCCAAAAGGCCGCCCAAAGCAGCGCUGGACAGACACGCUGCACAUUGACCUCGCCGCUGCACGACUCCACCCAGACCAAGCUCAUGACCGAGAAAAAUGGCGACUGCGAUCCAGACGAGCCGACCCCGCAACCGAACGG